CUUCGUCUAACCACAAAUCUAACGGUCCCUACGGUCUUGAUCUCUUCCUCCGGUACGAUCCCGUCACUAGACCCUUUCCAAGGAUAGCAACAUGCGCCUUGCUGGCCUGAUGUGGCUGUGGCCAGUGAUAGCCACUGUCACUGCCAUUACGAGCGCAUCUACAAAUCUCUACAACUUCCAGCCUGAAAAUGCCACGUCGAUCUGGGAACAGAACAAAAUCCCCAUUCUCUUCUCCCUGAACGAAACCCAGCGAACCAGCUACAACGGUUCCUGGUGGACAAGCUCCUACCUAACCACCGAAGACUCACAGCAAUACUUUGUGUUCUCGCAGUUCAUGACCGGUAACAAUAACCAAUCCAUCUACCGCUCGUCGGUCCUCGACCUCGCGGAUCUCAGCUACAGCUAUUCCAUCGUGGCAGGUAACGGAACGACCGCCAGUAAGCGUCUCCUAAUUCAGGCCGAGGACAAUGGUUUCGAAGCUUUGUCCGACGACAACAUCGCAAGAAUGCGUACCUGGAGCAACAACGACAAUACCACCUUCGACAUCACCUGGAACGCCACGUCCGUCGCCCUCGUGGAUGGCGGCACCGGGAGCUUUGCCCUCUCGUCCUCCACUUCCUAUCAAUGGGGCCUUCCCGGCUGCCGCACCGCCGGUACUUUGACUAUCGAUGAGACGGAGAAGACCAUCGAUCCUACUAACUCAAUGACCUGGUACGACCGCCAAUGGGGAACCACGGGCGUAAGCAGCAGCAUCAGCGCAUUGAACUGGACGUGGCACGAGCUGCAUCUCCCGAACACGGCUGAUAAAUUGAGCAUCUGGGCUAUUGAUGACAACGGUAGUCCGACUGCUCGUUUCGCGACUAUUCGUGCGCGGGAUGGCUCGCAGUAUGUUGUCCCUGCUACCUUCACGCCUGACUACGGCCGUACGUAUGAAUCUUCGAACACGGGAACCGUCUACCCACUAGAUUGGACUGUGGAGAUUGGUAAUUGGGGAUCCCUGCGUAUUAGCAGCGUUGCUGAAGACCAGGAGGUCGCGGGCUCGACUAAAGCGCAGACCAUCUAUGAGGGAUUCGUUACUUUUGUGGGCGAUUUUAAUAAUCAGGCUGUUGCGGGAUAUGGACUUGUGUAG